CUACGUUUAUGUUAUGGCGGCGUAGCAGAAAAAUGACAUACACAGCCUGUUAUGGAGGAAGGAAGGACUGUUCGCUAUACGAUGAAGGCUACCGUUGGUUUUGUUGUUUCGCGUUUCGAGGCGAGUGUCACGGCGUUUUCUCGUGGUGAACGAUAUCGUGCGAACGUUAUGUGUGCCGGGACGAGCGAAUAGAGCGUCUAUGCAAUCUUGCGUAUCGAGAAGAUUGACAGAGUAUCGUUGUGUCGUGUCAUUGACUUAGGACGAAGUGUCAAAAUGGUGUGUGGAUCCGUUUUUUUUCACGAUAUGUAAUAUUUAAACGCUCUCACGAGCAACGUUUCGACAUACAACAAUCUUGCAUGACAUUUGCAGACAUCGUCUUGUGAGGAGACACGACUCGCGCGGGUGAGAACAUAAAAGCUAUAUGUAUUUUGGUACCAAGUGCCGAAUAACACUUAUAAAAUUCAAACGAAGUUAUAUGGUAUCCCGAUUGGCAUCACGGACGUUAUUGGGAGGAUGAUAAUUGAACAUCCAAGAUGCAUUUAAUCAAAUUUACUCAUUAGUGAUUAUAUGUUUGCUGAGGUUAGAGAGUGAUGCCGGUUCAUCAGAUCAAUGUUAAUCCGCCUGACUGGCAACCACCUUUGUCACUUGGACCUUCCAGCAACACUAGCCCCGCUGGCGGGGAAGGUUUACCAGAAUGGACACCACGGGAAUCAGGUUAUGCCACAGUAGUCACUAUUAUACCAGAUCAUUGUCAUUCGUCAGUAAGCACAUUGUCUUCGAGCAACCAUGAUAUUUGCAGGAUUUGCCAUUGUGAAGGCGAAGAAGGUGCUCCUUUGUUGGCACCUUGUUAUUGUAGCGGUAGCCUGCGCUAUGUACAUCAAGCAUGUCUUCAGCAAUGGAUAAAGGCUUCGGAUACGCGCGCUUGCGAAUUAUGCAAAUUCACAUUCAUUAUGAAUGCCAAGACAAAACCGUUUUGCGAGUGGGAGAAGCUGGAGAUGUCCGCGCUGGAGGUGAGAAAAUUAUGGUGCGCCGUCGCUUUUCACGCCGUGGCCGCGCUCUGCGUGGCGUGGUCGUUGUACGUGCUGGUUGAGCGUUCGGUGGAGGAGGCUCGACGCGGCUUCGUCGACUGGUCCUUCUGGACGAAACUGAUAGUCGUCGUGAUCGGCUCCACCGGCGGAUUAGUUUUUAUGUACAUUCAAUGCAAAGCGUACAUUACAUUGUGCAGGAAGUGGCGAGCGUUUAAUAGAGUAAUAUUUAUUCAAAAUGCUCCUGAAAAAGUGGUGCUUCCUCCUUCACCUACGGAUUCUCUGAGAGAGGUGACGUUACCCUUGAAGGACCCGACUGCCUCGAUGCCCGAGCUCAAUCGCACUCUGUUACCCCGUACCAUAGAUCCUCCAUGUGCCUCGCAGCAGCUGGCGAAGCCCGAUUCCGCCGCACCGCCGCAGAGGCACGACGCUCAACUAAAACUUUAUGUAUUCGACAAGUUGUCCUCGUCCGAGGACAACCUAUAAUACACAACACACAUAUACACACAUACCAUGAAGAAACGGCGUGACGGCCGUUAAUCGCGUUGAGAAUGAAGAGGAAAAGGAGGAAAGGUGGUUAGCCAAAUUUUCAGUUCGAAGUAAGCGCGCGGGCGUGUCUGGACAGAACUGGGUGAUUUUAGACCACGUAUAAAUACGAUUUCGAAACUCGGAGCGAGAAGAUCACAAGAUCCUUGUCGCGAAGUCGUCGAAUAUCCGCCCUUAAAUGAAACAAAGCACCUUUUUCCGAAACUUAGUUCUUUAUCAGUGCUUACAGUGUUGACAAGUGGGGUAGAUGAAAGUGUACAGUCGGAACACAGCUGGCGCUUUCUCAGACAAUUAUGUACAUAAUUAUUGUAUCUGUGAUGUUAUUAAAUAAACUUUACCAUAUUUAAACAAUAUA